AGUGGUUGAGAAUAUGCUAUUUCUUUCUCCUCUCUCCUUCCACAUUAACUAACCCCAAGACAGAAGAAUUAAGGACAAUUAAUGGAUGGGGGAAAAAAGUCAAGUCUUGAAGCUCGUCUGAUCAUUACUCCAAACCAUGAGAGAAGAGAUCAUGAAGAAGAAGAAGAAGAAGGCGGCUGGUUUAUUGUCAGGGAAGAAAUACUGGAAGAGGGAAAGAAGCAGGUGGUGUUGGCAGGGCCCCUGAUAGCAGUAAGCCUGCUGCAGUACUGUUUGCAAGUGAUAUCCAUCAUGUUCGUAGGCCACCUGGGGGAGCUCCCUCUGUCCUCUGCUUCCCUGGCCACUUCCUUCGCUUCUGUUUCCGGCUUCAGUGUCCUGCUAGGAAUGGGAAGUGCUCUGGAAACACUCUGCGGCCAAGCCUACGGAGCCAAACAAUACCACAUGCUGGGCAUCCACACCCAGCGCGCCAUGCUGUCUCUCCUCGCCGCAUCCAUCCCUCUCUCUCUCGUCUGGUUCUACACCGCCCCCAUCCUAACCUUCUUCGGCCAGAACCCCGAUAUCUCCAACGAAGCCGGGACCUUCAACCGCUGGAUGAUCCCAUCCCUCUUCGCCUACGCUCUCCUCCAGUGCCUCAGCCGGUUCCUCCAGACCCAGAGCGUCGUUGUUCCGAUGGUGAUGAUUUACGGGUUCACGGCCUUGUUGCACGUCCCGGUGUGCUGGGUUUUGGUUUUCGGGCUUGGUAUGGGGAGCAGGGGAGCUGCGGUCGCGAAUGGGGUGUCGAAUUGGGUUAAUGUGGUUUUGUUGUGGGCUUAUGUGACGCUGUCUCCCGAUUGUGCGAAGACUUGGACCGGGUUUUCGAGGGAGGGGUUGGAUGAUGUGGUUGGGUUUUUGAAGCUUGCUGUUCCUUCGGCUUUUAUGAUUUGCUUAGAGUAUUGGUCGUUUGAGAUGGUUGUUCUUUUAUCCGGUCUUCUUCCAAAUCCACAGCUAGAGACAUCAGUGUUAUCAGUAAGCCUCAACACAUGUUGGAUGGUGUAUAUGAUCUCCGUUGGUCUCGGUGGUGCAAUAAGUACCCGAGUUUCUAACGAGAUGGGCGCUGGUCGUCCACAAGGUGCGCGUUUAGCUCUCUGUGUUAUGGUAGUAGUGGCCGUGGUGGAGGGCGCGGUUGUGGGAACAGGUACUAUUUUGGUUAGACAUUUGUGGGGAAAGCUCUAUUGCAAUGAAGAAGAAGUGAUAAGCUAUGUUGCAAAGAUGAUGCCACUGCUUGCACUAUCUGACUUCCUGGAUGGGUUUCAAUGUGUGCUGUCAGGGGCUGCUAGAGGAUGUGGGUGGCAAAACCUGUGUGCAUUCAUUAACCUUGGUGCUUACUAUGUCGUGGCAAUUCCUUCAGCUGUGCUAUUUGCUUUUGUCUUGCAUAUUGGAGGCAUGGGACUUUGGAUGGGAAUAAUUUGUGGACUUUCUGUACAAGUUAUAGCACUUGUUACCGUAAAUCUCUUCACCGAUUGGGAACUCGAGGCAAGUUAAUUAUUAGUACUAUUUCUUGUUCUACUUUCAUUCGAACGAGUACUGGUAAUUUUCUACUUCUGAUGAUAUCUUGUGCUAUGACAUCUUUCCUUUUUUCUUUAUCGUCGUUCUUUCAGGCGCGAAAGGCCAUAGAAAAAGUUCAAAAGACCAGCACGGAUUGUUGACUUCCAUGUCGUAAACAGAGUUAGCAUUCACAGGAACACAGCUAAUCAAUCACACGAGUUGGUAUUCUUUCCUUUAAGGGAAAACGUAGAAUGCAGAUGUCCUGAUAAACAAACAGAAUUUGAAAAUAGGUUGGUAUCGUGCUUGAACACUUCUUUAAAUGCAAUGAUUGAAACUGUGAAAUUGUGCUC